AUGAACACUCUCAAAAUUGUAGGUCUGCUCUGCUGUUUAGCUUUUCUGGCCCGGUCCGCACCUAUUCCAGAGAAGUCAGUGGUCGCAAUGAGUUUGGUCGAAAAAAUACUAGGCAACAUCCCUGUGGUUCACGGGUCUAGUGUCAACAUCACGGGCCUGACCCUUGACCCGUCCAGCCAGUCUAGGAACAUGCAGUACCAGACCAUGGUGACCUCCCUGGGCAUCCCUGCAGCACCAGAACUCUGGACUGUCUGCAGACCCCUAAACCAAAUCGACUUCACCCUGGAGGUGUGUCUGAGCAGUAUGUCUGCGGGACUGCAGCUGUAUCAGGAUGUGCUGGGUGUGCUGAAGGAGCGUGUGACCACUGACGAGGUGACAGGACUCCUGGCUGACAUCAGAGAUCUGCUGGCCCAGGUCAACAAGAUGCAGGAGCCGGGCCAGAUGAGCAGUGUAGCCAUGUACGAGGCCUCAGGGCUGGCCUCACGCCUCCCAGGGGAGUACGAGGUUCAGGUUGCCACUCACUUUACCCUGCUGCAGCUCCGUGACUUCACACAGAAUCUAAAACGCAGCCUGCGCAACGUCGAACACCUGACUUCCAGGCCAGGACAGAGGGGCUGAACGGCACCCCUUCAGGCCAGGACAAAGGGGCUGGGCUACACUCUACAGCAGCAGCAAAACCUGUGCAGACAUGGAUGGAGGACCGGAGGUGGGUCGUCCGUGCCAGAAGCCUAUUGGACUUCUGAGGCAACUGUGUAGUGAUGUAGCCUGGCUGAAACAUAUUUCAUUUCUGUUCGAGUCUGCUUCAGUCUUUCUAUCUAAUCUGUCAAUCAAGGUCAAACGGGACAUUGGAAAAGAUGAAGCAAGCGGAGCACUUUAUUUAUCUGAGAUUGGGGAUGGCAUCAAAACCAAUUGUGUAGUGUCCCUCUAUCUGCCAACGUCUGGACCUCAUCCUGUAACUGCAGGGAGCUGGUUCAAGCCUUGCUCUAUCUGUUCCCCAUCAAUUGGUACAAUAGCAACUGGUCAAGGACUGAGUGCCUGCUUUUCUUUAUCUCUUUCUCCCCAUGAGGGUUUUGUUCUUAGCUUGUCCUGUCACUCGACGCCACCUCUGAUGGCUGUCUCAGAGUUUCCUUGAGAUAAAGCAACACUGAUAGCUGCCAGAUAGUGGCAAGUCCCCGCCUGCACUUCCACUAACUCUGAUGUGAGAUAAACAAUGGCCGCUGUUUGAUUUGAUUUGUCUGUUGACAGUC